AUGACAUUUUCCUAUGCUUACAUUGUGUUUUUUCCUUCAUCUUCCCUUCUACCAUCUUUAUUUUAUUUCGAUUCCUUUUUCUUCUUUUUCUUUUUCUUCUUCUUCUUUCUUUCUUUCUUUCUUUCAUUCUUUCUUUCUUUCUUUCAUUCUUUCUUUCAUUCUUUCUUUCUUUCUUUCUUUCUUUCUUUUCUUUCUUUCAUUCUUUCUUUCUUUCAUUCUUUCUUUCUUUCUUUCUUUCUUUCUUUCUUUCUUUCUUUCCUUUUUGACCUUUUUGACCUUUACCUUCCAGUUUUCUCUUCUUUUCUUUUAUCAUUGUAUUUCUUUUCAUAUAAUAAUUUUUUUUCGUUUUUCUGCUGUUUUUUUUUUCACUCAUUCUCUUUUUAUUUUCCCUUUUUUUCUUCUGAAUGCAUUUUCCUUUUUUUUUCCUUUUCCUGCAGAUUCUUUUCAUCUUUAAUUUCUUUUCAUUUAUUUUUCCAAUCCCAUCGUAAAACUUCCAUUUUCCUACCCUUUCCUUUGAGAUCAACGGAUGCCGACACCGGAAGUGACACCAAUGGACCCUGA